GUCGCAGUCGCACGGGAAAAUAACAAGGUUGACAAAUUUGACAUUUGCUCCGAAUGAUAAAAAUUACUGAUACAAAUAAAAAUUAAGUAUUCAUUAAAACUAAACGUUUUUAAAUGAAUUGAGCAGUGAAACUUGAUAGAAAUAAUAAUGAUUAGUUCGUUUUUAACGUUUAUGGUCUUCUUGACCGUUGUUUCCACUGUUUACGGUGACGAUUUCAAAGAAGAAAUAUUUAUCAAACCACUGCCUCAAUCUCACCUGUAUUCCUACUUCCAGUUUACAACUCUAGUGAAUUCAGAAAAUUCAUUUUCACAUACACAUCUAUCGCCGAGGUCCUUAGGUGAAAUUAUUUCCCGAUUCCAAGUUGAUGAACUACACCUUACAUUAACAGAAGGCCAAUGGAGACACAGACAAUGGGGUUAUCCAGUCAUAGACGCGGCUCCUGGAGCUGAACUAUAUGCAUGGUUCUCGCCAGAGGUUACCGACAUAGAUGAGCAAUGGCGGAAACUAAGUGCGACCCUCUCUGGGUUAUUUUGUGCAUCCUUAAAUUUCAUAGACAAUUUUAACACUAUCACACCACAAGAUGCACUAUAUCCCACUGGCUUAUUAAAAAAGAGCUCUACGCCAAGUAAUUUACUUUUGAGAUAUGCAUCUUUACCCAGGGAAAUAGUUUGUACUGAAAAUUUAACACCUUGGAAAAAACUUCUGCCUUGUGAAUCGAGUCGAGGAUUUUCUGCAUUACUAAAUUCAAGGAUGAUACACAAUACAAACUAUCAUUCAAUCGGUGUACAUGUAAGGAAUGUAUGUGCCUCUAAAGAAUGCAAGGAGACACUUGUGGAGAUAAAACAAACAGUUUCCCUUGUAUAUGAUUAUAAAAUUAUCAACAGCAAUGACUGGUCUUUCAGAAAACUAUUUGGCCAAGGAUUGCCAGGAGCCUGUCCUCUGUCCUCUGCUAGCACUAUCUAUGUUGAUGUGUCAUCUAAUGACACUCAAUCAUUUACACUGACACCUCCACCAGAUAAAGUUGUUCUUUCGCAAAGAGGAGGCAGUGACACACACCUUGCAGUAUACAAUAUAAAAGCUGAUGGUCAAAUGGUAAACAUUGGAGCUAAGCAAAAUCCUACAGAAAAGUUGCACAUGCCUAUACCUCCACCCAUAUACUUCAACCGAUAUGUAUUGGGUUAUGGAAAAGAAUUUGGUGGAAUUGUCACAGAAAUAACUAACAAUCACUGGACUCCUAUAGAUGUAGUUUUACUAGAAAAUGCUCCAUGGUGGCUUCCCAUACAAACAAGCACUCUGAGGGUAAAUGGUGAAGCAGACAGCAAAUUAAUAAAAUCAAUGUUCUUCUCUCCUGGACGCAGCAGACAAAGACCAUACCAUCUUGAAAUUAUGAUGUCAUUACCAGCAAGAUCAACAACAACUAUCACCAUAGACUUUGAGUUUGUCUUUUUGAAAUGGCAAGAGUACCCACCUGAUGCCAAUCAUGGCUUUUAUAUUGGGUCAGCCCUUAUCUCUGCCAAUCUGCCUAUAGCCAAAAGUUACACAAGUCUGCCAAUAGAGGGAAUUACUUUUGAUUCAGUGAUCAAUGCCUCCAGCCCUUGGUAUCCAGCAGUCUUCAGGACCAACGGUGCCAUGGUAUCUUUGCCUACUCCUGACUUUAGUAUGCCAUACAAUGUAAUCUGUCUAGCUUGCACUGUAGUUGCUUUAGCAUUUGGCCCACUACACAACAUAUGCACAAAAGAAUUGGUACUGAAACCAGUUGGAACUCCUGUGUCAUUAACACAAAAACUACUGAAUUUGUUUAAAAGAAAACGAGAUUAAGGGGGAAAGUGCAGCUGAAGUAAUGUGAUAAUAAUAAUGACAGCAUAAUUACCAGUGUUGCUGACUGAUUGAAAAUUGAAAGAUACAGAGUUGGCAUUUACUAGUCAUAAUUAAAACAAAGGUUUAAAUAGAUAUGUGGUUAAAUAGAUAAGAAGAGGCAUAUUUUGCCAUUGAAGGGGGUGCCAAAGCCUUUAUGUAAACCCUAAUGUAGAAGGAAAGGAAUAUUUAACAUUAUCAAUAAG